AUGACGCCUGCAAGGAAGCAGCAAGGGGUAGACAGACGGACACGUCAGACUUCUCAGCCACGCGGUCGCGGCGGGGCCAGCGGCAGCACCGGUAUCACAACGCAACAAUGUCCCGAACCCUGUGGCUUGAUUUUGCCGGUCGAAUUGCAACAGCUGAUUCUAGACGCGUUUCGCCAGGCAUUUCCAUUUAACCACAACCAUGCUGAGUUGGACGCCACCAUCCAGGAGGUCAAGGGCCACCUAUUCCGGCGUGACUUUGUUGGUGCAUUCGCCAAGCUAGAGUACCUCGAUGCAUAUGCACUUAGGUGGAGUGCUAGCCGUGCUCUAGGGUACACGAGCAUUUUCCUGCACAACGAUUUGCAAAGAGUUUGGAAGGGACUCGCCGAAACUGCGACCAGUACGAAUGCAAGUCCGGCGUCAAGAGGAGCACACCUUUCACAUGCGACGGGCGCUUAUAGCAUAGUCUGCGUUGGAGGUGGCGGAGGCGCAGAGGUGGCUGCCUGUGCAGCUACGGCACGAACACUCCAACAAACAACAGCCAGACUGGCUGUUCAUGUCGUUGAUAUUGCAGACUGGUCGGCCUGCCUUUCAAGAUUAGAGAGCACACUGUGCCGGCCGCCAUCCUUGUCACUUUUCGCAGCUGAUAUUGCCAAGGUGGCAAAAGAGCCUUUCACAACAAGUGACCAAUUCUCUGUCCGAUUUUCUCAACAUGACAUCCUCGCCAUGGAUGAGGCUGACUUGCAAAGCAUCAUGAGUGGAGCGGCUCUCUGUACCAUCAUGUUCACCCUAAACGAGCUCUUCACAGCGUCCAUCGGACGCACGACGGCAUUUCUCCUGGCGCUUACAGAUACAUUAUCACCAGGCUCAUGGCUGCUGGUCGUAGAUAGCCCGGGGAGUUACUCUGAAGUGAGGCUAGGAUCUGUAUCUGGUGCUGCUCAGGGUCAGGGAGGAAACGUUGGGAAUGCAAGUACCAAGACAAGGCGCUACCCUAUGAAGUGGCUGCUUGAUCAUACGCUUUUGGAAGUUGCCGGGAAGAAAGGGGGUGAAGUCAAGUGGAGGAAAUGUGUCUCUGAUGAUUCGAGAUGGUUUAGGUUAAGCCAGCAACAGCCGCUGAAAUACCCCGUGGAGCUCGAGAAUAUGAGGUACCAGAUUCAUCUCUAUCAACGGAUACGGCCAGGUAAAGGGAAUGGCUAG